UUUCUUCGGUUACCUGACAACUAAUCACGUUUGAAGCCGGCGUGACUAUGUCUGGGAUGGAAGAAGGGGUCUACCCUGACGACAUUGACCUUCAACUUGUAGAUCAACAACAAGAGGACUCUGCGAGUGGCAUAGGAACGGGGCAAGUGAAAGAGGCUGAAAAAGUACCAGUUUUGGACGUAAACAAGGUAGAUAAAAGGCGAGACAAACUGCAGUGGUCUUCAAAGACAGAAACUUACAGAACGGCUUUCAGCUCGAAAUUCCGCCCGCCGAGGUCGUUUCUAGAGGCGUGUGUACGGUGUAACCCAAAGGGACUGCGCAUGCUCAUACAACAAGGUCCGUCUGAGGAGGAUGUCAAUCAAAUCGACAAGACCGGAAAGACCGGACUCGCUCACGCAUGCGCACAAGGCAGCAUGUCGAUCCUGCAAGUGUUGGUGCAUGCGCAGAACGUCAACGUGAAUCUGGCAGACAACGAGGGAAACACGCCUCUGAUAUUCGCCUCUCAAGCGGGUCACCUUGACGUGCUGGUGUUCCUGCUGCUCAACUUCCCGGAUGUAGCCGUGGACCAGCCCAACCUGGCCGGCAUGACGCCCCUGAUGAAGGCCGCCAUUAACGGCAGACUGGAGUGCGCCAAAGUGCUGGUGUUAGCAGGAGCGUCUACAGAUAAGAGAGACUGGGGCCGGGGGAUGUGCGCGGAGGAGUGGGCCCGGUACUGCGGCCGCGGGGACUGCGCGGAAGUCAUCCGGCGGACCAGGAACAACCCUUCCCCGUUCCACCUCAACCUGCCUCGGUCCAACAGCGAACCGCACAUAGCAGACACCGGCAAACACAGCAAGCAAUAUGAAGACAACAACAACGUCAACAACACAAAGACAAGGUGGGCCCAAGAGGGGAACUGGUUUCAGGCCGGCCUGAGGAAGAUUCGCCGUAAAUUCAAGUCAGAAACCACGCUAAAAGACUUCAUCCAGAAAAAGGAAGACAGCGCGUGUCAGUACCUUGUGCUGGUGACCAGGUGCAGCGCAGCCACCCUCUUACAGGAGAGCAUGCCGGGGAGAGCUGUGAAGUUCCCGGCGGAGAGACCUCGGCCAGCCCACCCGGGAAGCAUUCGGCUGACCGAGGUCUCGGUGGAGAGCGACUCGUCAUCCAUCGACACGUCUUCGACCACGUCUUCGGAGACCGGGUCAGCAGCGGGGUCACUCAAGGACAACGACCUCGCCGAGCUGUCAAAAAAGAAGAAGAAGGGAAAGAAAAAGAGCCACGCCCCGAAGGUGCGAGUGAUCAAGGCGCCCACGGACCCCACGGAGCUGGAGCGGAAGCUGGACAGGUAUCGCACCCGCCACCCUCCGGACAUGGGCGCCCUCAGCCCGCCCCCUCGGCGGAAACACAGCACCCGCGCGCCCAAGGUCCCAAACAACCUCCGCCGCACCCAGUCGGAAGGUUCCAACUUGGACAACAACUUUCAGAACGACCCCGCCACUGCUACAGCGGACGGGAACCUCAGUGACAAUAGAUCAACAUCUAUCGACGCCAUGUUCUAACUGUUACAUCGUCAA